UAGUUGAAAUUUUUGUCCAAUUAUGGUGGAAUAGUAAAAUAGGGGUGUGCGAAGCAGGAAAUGGACCGGCCCAAGCAUUUUCCCUUUUCAGAAUACAUCAUCUUCUUCCCCAAAUUUCCAAUACAAAUGCCAUGGAAGCUUUCUCGUGCACCUCCACGUCGCGGCCGCACCUCUGAUCGGAAACUGCGUGGGAGCCGCGAUCAGAAGCAUCGACACGAGUAGCAUUGAACUGAGGACCACCCUACCAACGGAUUCCAGUGCGGCCAUAAUCGUCGUGCUGCUGCAGCGACGAUUGGAAGCAUCGUCGCUCUCUUUUGGAAAUAUAUCUUUGGGAACUAUAUGUUAGCUUAUGGUUGCAAAUAGAGUUGAUUGAGGCAGUCCAUGCACUUUGUAUAUACGUAUAUACUGAGCUGUGAUCUUCUUAAAGGGAGUUAAGUUGCUGAUAAGGUAGCUAGGCAAUCAUUCGGCUAGCAUGGACGUAGCACAUUGUUAUUUAAAGGGGAAUGCUGAUGCUGUGGAGUUUUGUCCGUAUGAUUUGUACCGUAAUGUUUUAGCGGUAUCCACUUACACAUUACAAGAAGGUUGUCAGCCCAACCGACAUGGAAGCAUUUCACUUUUCAAUGUUGAUGAGGAGAAAGGCCACCUUGACAUGGUUUUUAGUGAGGAAACUGCUGGAAUUUUUGACAUAAAGUGGAGCCCACCUGGAGGGCGUUUGAAUCCUUUUCUAGCUCAAGCAGAUGCUGAUGGAUACUUGAGAAUUAAAAUGCUGGAAGGUUGCUCUAAUGGAGUGGAAGGAGUUAAUCUAAAGGAGAUCACUAAUGAGAAAAUCAGCAACUCUAUGUGCUUGUACAUGGAUUGGAACCCUUCAGCCACAUCUAUCACAGUAGGACUUUCUGAUGGCUCUGUGUCUAUUGUUUCUGUUCUUGAAUCCAAGCUAGAAAUACAAGAACAGUGGAAGGCUCAUGAUUUUGAACUCUGGACAACCUGCUUUGAUACUCACCAACCAAAUUUGAUAUACACUGGCUCUGAUGAUUGCAAGUUCAGUUGCUGGGAUUUGCGAGAUAAACCUCCCAAUGUGGUAUUUCAAAGCUCUAAGGUCCACAAAAUGGGUGUUACCUGCAUUGAGAAGAGUCCACAUGACCCGAAUAUCUUGUUGACUGGUAGCUAUGAUGAAUUCCUGAGGGUAUGGGAUUUAAGGUCACUCUCAAAACCCCUUAACAGUUCUUCAAUUAGCUUAGGGGGAGGAGUUUGGAGGGUUAAGCAGCACCCCUUCAUUCCAGGCUUGGUCUUGGCUGCAUGUAUGCACAAUGGUUUUGCUAUUGUUGCCAUUAAAGGUGACAGUGCUGAAGUGUUGGAAACUUACAACAAACAUGAUUCUCUUGCUUAUGGAGCAGACUGGCAGAAAGGUGAAGCAAAUCACUUUGGUGGGAAAACCAAACCAUUGGUGGCUACUUGCUCAUUCUAUGACAAACAUGUUAGAGUGUGGAGGUCAGAAAAUUAUAUUGUCUCGUAGAACGUUUGUUCUUACUUAACUUUAGCCCACUAGGAAAUGUGAUACACAGUUUAUUUAUUCAAUCAUGGGUUGCAUUAUUUUGACACUUUCAUUCA